GUCUCAUUCAGUGUGCGCAGCAACUGGCCAAGCAUGUCCGAGACCACAGAGCCACAGCCAAGUGGUGAUAGAUAGCAGGCGAUGGAGAGGAAUUGCUUAUUGGAUAGCAAAUAAGGCAGGCGAUACAGCAGAUGUCAUUUAGCGUGCACCACCUCAGGGAGCCAUGUCACAGUGGCGGAAGGCUUUAUUGUCCAGCAGGCAGAGAUGCCCCCAGGCCAAAGGUUUGGAGAGUGUGGCCCCUCUGGUGAGCUCUGUGGAGGAGAUCCCUGAGCCCAUUCCCACCACCAUCAAGGGAACUAUCCCAUCUUGGAUUAGCGGGAGCUUCCUGAGGAACGGGCCAGGGAAGUUUGAAUUUGGUCAAGACAGAUACACCCACUGGUUUGACGGCAUGGCCAUGAUGCACAGAUUUCACAUCAGCGAGGGCAAAGUCACGUACAGUAGCCGCUUCCUGAAAAGCGACUCGUACGUGCGUAACUCGGAGAAGAACCGCAUCGUCGUGUCAGAGUUCGGAACGCUGGCCAUGCCCGAUCCCUGCAAGAACAUCUUCGCGCGAUUCUUCUCACGCUUUCAGGUCCCAAAGGCCACAGACAACGCAAGCGUGCAUUUUGUCAAGUACAAGGGAGACUAUUACGUGAGCACAGAAACCAACUACAUGAGGAGAAUUGAUCCUCAAACUCUGGACACAAAGGAAAAGGUGGACUGGAGCCAGUACAUUGCGAUUAACGCAGCCACAGCUCACCCACACUACGACCGCCAAGGGGCCACUUACAACAUGGGCAACUCUCACGGCAAAGGAGGUUUCACCUACAACAUCAUCCGCGUGCCCCCACCUGAGGAGACGGGGGCAAGGGAGGACUGCGCAGACCUAUAUGGAGCCAAAGUGAUCUGCUCCAUCCGAGCGAGUGAGCCCAGAAAACCCUCCUACUAUCACAGCUUUGUCAUGUCAGAGAACUACAUAGUGUUUGUGGAGCAGCCCAUAAAGCUGGACCUGCUUAAGAUCAUGCUGUACCGCAUUCAAGGGAAGAGCUUUCACAAGGUCAUGACCUGGGAGCCUCAGUAUGACACCAUCUUCCACCUGGUCAACCGGCACACUGGCAAAGAGAGUGAAGUGAAGUACCGUGCACCUCCCAUGUUCACACUGCAUCAGAUCAACGCCUUUGAGGACAAUGGCCUCCUGGUUAUGGACAUGUGCUGCGGGGAUGACGGCGAGGUCAUCGGAGACUUUACCCUGGAGAACCUCCGCAGAGAGCCAGGAGAGGAGAUGGACAAGUUCUACAACUCACUGUGCAGAAACCUGCCAAGGAGAUAUGUCCUGCCGUUGAAUGUGGACAAACAAACCCCUAUGGACCAGAACCUGGUGACCUUGCCUAACUAUAAAGCCACAGCCAAGAUGACCAAACCCGGAGAGGUUUACAUGACCCACGAGGAACUUCAUGAUGAUGAGCUGCUGCAGUAUGGUGGCCUAGAGUUCCCUCAAAUUAACUACGAGCGCCACAACGGGCGACCUUACCGCUACUUCUACUCGUGCGGUUUUGGACACGUCUUCAGUGACUCCCUGCUCAAGAUGGACGUGCACACCAAGGAGCUUAAGGUGUGGCGGUAUCCCGGCUUGUUCCCGUCUGAGCCUGUCUUUGUUGCUUUGCCUGAGGCAACAGAGGAAGAUGAUGGAGUUGUGUUGUCAGUCAUUAUCACACCACGAGAAGACAAAAGUACGUUCCUGCUCGUUCUGGAUGCUAAGACCUUCACUGAACUGGGCAGAGCAGAGGUCCCUGUCAAUAUCCCAUAUGGGACCCAUGGUGUCUUCAAUCACAUGACCUAGAAGCUCCACUGUAGCAUUGAUGAACUGUUGAACUGAACAAGAGAUGAAAUAAGUGCUGGAAUGCUUUUGAUCGAUCCCAUUGAUUGGAAUAGGUUCUAUAUACAGUAUACAUGUUGAAGACUUGCCACAACAAAUAUAACAAUGGCAGCAAACAUGCCCUAAAGCGUGUUUAACUAUGACCCAAAUGGAAUGAUUUCAAGGACAAAUCCUUUUCAAAAUCACAUACACAAAAUGCCAGCGGAAGACAAUAAAAUUAAAUCUAUUCCCCUCUU